GGCGGCCGCUCUGCAAACAACUUUGCAGGAGAGUGAGAACUGAUUGAGCACAAUACAGCGCUGAGCAGAGCCACUGUGGGAGAGGGAGAGAGGAACAACGCUGCAGCCAAGGAGACCACAGAAACACUCUUCCCUCAAAUCCUCAGCACUGUAGAGACAGAAGGCAGAGACAAAACGACAAAAGCAUUCUUUGCUUUCAGUCUAAAAGCAAAAGAAAAAAAUAUAACAAUACCUUGGGCGAGAUCAUUUUCUCUGAGAUACAAAUUUAAGGCGAAAGGCGUGACAAUCUGGUUUAUCAUCAGUGCACCGUUUCCACAUCAAGAGUGAAGGAUUGUAGUGCUGCACUGCAUGAAGGAUAAAUCUGUCUGGGAGAAGAAACGAGCAGAAACAGGAUGAGAGCCACUCUGAGAAUCACAUGGCUGCUACUUUCUCUAAACUUCCUGUUUCACUGCAUUUAUUCAGACGAUUACAAUUCUACGUCUUCUCUGGCGACCACCACAGGAAAUGUUUCGGUCACCACAAAUCCAACGCAGGCGUCAUCCAUUGGUACCACAGCUGCCAUUUCAACAAACACUCCUCCUAAGACAACUCAAACUGGAAUUACAGUUUCUGGCGAUGCAAAGAGCACAACAGGGGGCCCGACGCAGCCCUCUGCUGCGCCCAACAAAGCUACUACUGCAUCACAUCCCAGUGCGAGUGCUAGCUCCAUAGCAACCGAGCCACGAAAAGCCCAAAGCACAGUCUCCAUAACGCUGGCUAGUACUUCUGGUGGUAGUGUUCAUCCUCCUACAGCUGCUUCCAACACCACACCAAAGUCCAUGAUCCCAACAUCUGGAAGCAACAAUGACAGCGCACAGUCCCACACCACCGUCACAAAACAGGCGCCAAAUCCCUCGGAUGCCACCGUGACCACUAAAAACUCAAUUGUGGCACCAGGAAAUCCUGAUGUUGGCACAGUGACCUCGACACCGAGCAGGCCUGGAGCAACCAUCACGAGUGUCAUCCCUCCCGCUUCAACGCUGAGCAACCAGGUUACCAAGCCAGGGACCGUGACAGAAUUAACCUCUACAGCGAAGCCGUCGGCUGCAUCUGAACCAACGAAGCCAGCUGUGCUUCCUGGGGUCACUUCACACUCCACCAAUCCACCCAAGGCAGGAGCCACUGAACCAGUUCUAGUUACCAAGGCUGGAACCCCAGCUCCACCAACCACCACCACCCCCACCACCACCACUCCCACCACCACCACCACCACCACCACCAUCACUACCACCACCACCACCUCCACAGCUCCACUAAAGACAUUCACUUAUUCUCUACUGAUUGAACCAAAGACAAAGGAAGAGAAAGCUCUGGUGCAAGUGUGCAAACGGCUGAUAGCAGACUUGAAGAAUGGGACCUGCCUCCUGACGUACACCCAGCACGGUGACAGGGUGGUGUUUCACGCCGCGGAGCUGCAAGGAAAGGUGAACACCAGUGUCGUGGCUCGCUAUUAUGAAGAGAUCACCAAGACAACAGAUAACAAGACCCUGAUCACCAUCCUGGCGUCGUGUGGAGCUCUCCUCAUCAUGAUCGUCAUCCUGGGCGUGUGCGUGUCCCACCACCGCAGGCCCUACAGCGAGAACCAGCAACACUUGACAGAGGAACUGCACACAGUGGAGAACGGUUACCAUGACAACCCCACUCUGGAGGUGAUGGAGGUGCAGCCGGAGAUGCAGGAGAAGAAGAUGGCACUGAACGGCGAGUUCAACGACAGCUGGAUCGUCCCGAUCGACAACCUGAUGAAAGAGGACAUCCCCGACGAGGAGGACACCCACCUGUAGGACGACGCAGCACCGGCCACGACAAGGACACCCACAGUCACAUGACACGCCUCACUCAUGUCACCCAACAAAGCUUUCCCACAUCCUACAGAACAGGCACGUUCAGAACCUGCUCUUUUGGACAUAGAUCUGUAGUUGUUUGGUGGAGAUGAAACCAGACAGAAAGACCGACGCAUGUGACCUACAUCACUUAGUAAACAUUCAUUCUAAAACACAACGUUCAGAGGGGAAACGGACCCAUUCUAGGACAGACGGUGGGGUUGAAACAGCAGCUGAUGCUGCCGAGCCGCUGUUCUGAGAAGCAGCUGCGGCUCUAGUUGUGAACGUAGACAGACGACCCGGGACACUUCCAAGAACCCUGGAGACUUUCAGAAGAAGUGUUGUAACCGAGCAAACUUAUUCAGGGACAGCCAGGACAUCCCAUAAACGUGCAGCUCAUGGGGAACAGAAAUACGGCUUAACAAUAUUUGCCACAUGACUUAGAUGUGUGUGUGUGUGUGUGUGUGUGUGUGUGUGGGGGGGGGGGGUUGAUUAAAACAAAACUGGAGAUAAAAGAAAACCUUAAAAAAAAAAAAAAAAAGCCUUCACCAUAGUCAGACUUCAGAGUCCUGAGACCACGGUCAAAGAGCUUACCAUUUGAGACAUCCAGAGCCAACGCCACUAAUGGCCCUUAUUCACUAGUACCUACUCAGGACUCGGGUCACCUUGUCCCGCCUCCACCCGCUUUGUCCUCGUUUGUUUUUAGACACCCAGGUGAGAGGUAGGAGGUUGCAGUGAAGCUGCUGUGACGUAUUUGAUUGUGAUCUAAACGGAGAAGACAACACUAAAGAUGUAGAACCUGGAGGAGAUGAUAGAUGUGCUGCUGGGUCUGUGGCUUGUGUUUGAUAUCAAGUUAAAAAAUGAGAGUGAAAUAAGCUUCAAGCGGUGAUGUUUUUUUUUUUUUUAUUUUGUUCAUCGGCGCUGAUGAGAAAUAAAGCCUCUAUUAUGGUUCUGCGUUAAAUCAAUGGCGUACGGUGCACGUCGCUGCGUACUCUACGCCGUAGGCUCUGCGUUGGUGUAACGCGGAACCAUAAAUCAGCCAUUAGCUGGGAGCCGUGAGCAGCUAUGAAGUGACCAAGAGCCUGGUAGAUCUGGUCGUUCCUUAUCGCCCGUCUAGAUCCCUUUUUAAUUCUCUCCUCAGCACCAGGUUUAUGAACAUCUGACCCCCAGAGUUGGAUCACCAAACAGACUUUUGCUGCCAUUGCCUGUCGGAUAAAAUGAGGAAGCCGCGAGUCGCUCUUGUGCUGACUCCCGCUUCCUGAUUCAAACGUCUGACUCCAACCCCCCGACCAAUUGGUGGUCUGUAGUGUGAUGAUGUCAGAUACAGCCGACUCAGCAGCUUAGAACCUCGGCAGAAUAGGUACAGAAAAAGUAUCUACUCUGCACGCCUCCACUCGCCUCGGCCCGUAGUGGAAAAGCGCAAGACGGGGGCGAGGCGAGUAGAGACGUGCUGAGUAGGUACUAGUGGAAAAGCGCCAUAAGAGCGUUAAACAGGGGUUAUCCAGCUUCUCCGUCUUAAAUCAUGCAGCCUCUGCUGGCUCCUCUGGAGAGAACGUUAACAUGUUUAGAGCCAAGCGGCUACUGGGCCCUCUAGAACCAGCUGCCUUUAAACUCUGGUGAUGUCACAGAUGUUUCAUGAAAACACCAGGAUAGUGUCAACUUUUGAAACCCAUUUUGACAUUAAGAGAACUUGAAAGGGUCAUAAUCGGAGUGUCAUUUGUGGGACGGGUCAGAAACCAGUACCUCAUGCCGUGGUGACGGCAAACCAUCAGAGGAGCUCCCUGGGACCUGACCAGGACCUCACUGGGUCCAGACCGGGUCCUGACCAGAACCUGACUGGGUCCAGACCGGGACCUGACAUAUUGACCAGGACAUGACCGGGACCUGACAUGUUGACCAGGACCUGACCGGGACCUGACAUGUUGACCAGGACCUGACCGGGACCUGACAUGUUGACCAGGACCUGACCGGGACCUGACCAGGACCUGACCGGGACCUGACAUGUUGACCAGGACCUGACCGGGACCUGACAUGUUGACCAGGACCUGACCGGGACCUGACAUGUUGACCAGGACCUGACCGGGACCUGACAUGUUGACCAGGACCUGACCGGGACCUGACAUGUUGACCAGGACCUGCCCGGGACUUGACCAGGACCUGACACGUUGACCAGGACCUGACCGGGACCUGACAUGUUGACCAGGACCUGACAUGUUGACCAGGACCUGACCAGGACCUGACAUGUUGACCAGGACCUGACAUGUUGACCAGGACCUGACAUGUUGACCAGGACCUGACAUGUUGACCGGGACCUGACAUGUUGACCAGGACCUGACAUGUUGACCAGGACCUGACAUGUUGACCGGGACCUGACAUGUUGACCAGGACCUGACAUGUUGACCGGGACCUGACAUGUUGACCAGGACCUGACAUGUUGACCAGGACCUGACAUGUUGACCGGGACCUGACAUGUUGACCAGGACCUGACAUGUUGACCGGGACCUGACAUGUUGACCAGGACCUGACCGGGACCUGACAUGUUGACCGGGACCUGACCCGGACCUGACCAGGACCUGACCGGGUCCAGACCGGGUCCAGACUGGAUGUUUCCUCCUCCUCACUGAAAAUAAACCCUGAUAGUUCCACCUUAUCGUUGUUGGGCUGUACGGCGCCAGCAGUCACCCCAGGACCAGCUAACCGGGUCUUACUGUCUGAAUCAGCAGCAACACGACCCAUUCAUCCUCAAAGAGCAAAACCAACAUGAAAUGCCAAGCUGUAUAUAACUUUUCUUCUUUUGUGUAUUGAACUUCUGCUACUUUGGCAAAAUGGACAUAGAAACUCAUUUGUAUCUGUUCACUUCCAUUUAAACCAGUUAAACCCUUAUAUAUUUACAUGCACUUCUAUCUAUACGAAAACAACCUUUUCACCUUGGGAAUGUUAUUUUUGUUCGUUGUUUGUUUGUCUGUCUAAAGUGUCACUUUUAUCAUAGCAAUGCCUUUUUCACCAAAGUAUGUUGCCAGUAUUUGUAUGUAUUUAUGGUUCGCUGCUUGUGAAGGCGAACAGCAGGAGUCUGACACACUGGAAGAUGGAAACUGUUAAUGUACCUGUUCAGAAAUAAACAAGAUUUAAAAA